AUGGACCACGAAAAGGUCGCGCCCAUUGACGAGAAGGCCCCUCAUGGCCACACUCAGCCCACCGUCUCCUCCCAGGAGGGCGACGAAGUGGGCGAGUGGCGUGAACAGGAGGACUUUGCGACCCGCAACGGUCUCAACUUCAAGUCCUUUCAGCGCCGCCCCAAAGGUGGCCCAAUGGUCAUCCUCGACAAGUCGAUGAAGACACGCCAUCUGCACAUGAUUGCCAUUGGUGGCUCCAUCGGUGCUGGUUUUUUCGUCGGUUCUGGUAAAGCUCUGGCCAAUGGUGGCCCUGCCUCGGUCUUCCUCGACUUCUCCAUCAUGGGUAUCAUGAUCUUCAACGUCGUCUACGCUCUUGGUGAACUUGCUGUCAUGUUCCCCGUCUCUGGUGGUUUCUACACGUACUCUACUCGCUUCAUUGAUCCGUCCUGGGGUUUCGCCAUGGGUUGGAACUACGUCUUCCAAUGGGCAAUUGUCCUGCCACUCGAAUUGGUCGUUGCCGGUGUUACCGUGGGCUACUGGGACGGCGCCGCAAACGUCCACCUAGGUGUCUGGAUCACCGUCUUUUGGCUCUUCAUCGUCAUCAUCAACGUGCUUGGAACGUUGGGGUACGCAGAGGAGGAGUUCUGGUCGUCUUGCCUCAAGCUGAGCGCGACAAUCAUCUUCAUGAUUAUCGCCUUGGUCUUCGUUCUCGGUGGAGGCCCUGACAACGGUAUCUACAACGAGUACUGGGGCGCCCGCCUCUGGUAUGACCCCGGUGCUUUCAACAACGGGUUCAAAGGUUUCUGCACCGUCUUCGUCACGGCUGCCUUUGCCUUCUCCGGUACCGAGCUCGUCGGUCUUGCCGCUGCUGAGACAAAGAACCCCCUGAAGUCGCUUCCCGGUGCUAUCCGUCAGGUCUUCUGGCGUAUCACCCUCUUCUACGUUCUCGGUCUCACUUUCGUGGGUCUACUUGUCCGCUCUGACAACCCCGAUCUUCUCGGUGCGACGGGUGCCAACGCCUCCCCCUUCGUCAUUGCCGCUCGCGAUGGUGGUCUUGCCGGAUUUGACAGCUUCAUGAACGUCGUCAUUCUUGUGUCCGUCGUUUCCAUCGGUGUUUCCGGUGUCUACGGUGGCUCCCGUACCCUGACAGCUCUCGCUGAACAAGGCUAUGCCCCCAAGGUCUUCACCCACAUUGACCGCUCCGGUCGCCCGCUCUACUCCGUUAUCUUCAUCCUCGCGUGGGGAGCCCUAGGUUACAUGCAGAUCAGCGCUACUGGUGUCACUGUCUUCGACUGGCUCGUGGCGUUGUCCGGUCUCGCCGCCCUCUUCACCUGGGGUUCCAUCUGCUUUGCACACAUUCGUUUCCGCAAGGCUUGGGCUUACCACGGCCACACUGUUGACGAGAUCCCGUUCAAGGCUGCCUUUGGCGUUUACGGAUCUUGGCUCGGUCUUUCGAUCAUCUUCAUCGUUCUUGCAGCUCAGUUCUACACUGCCAUCUCACCCAUCGGCUCGAACCUCGGUACUGCCGAACAAUUCUUCCAGUCCUACCUGGCUCUGUUCGUCGUCGCCGCUUUCUGGGUCGCCGGAUACUUCUGGAAGCGCGCCGGAUGGCUCAGGACCGCUCAGAUGGACGUCGACACGGGCCGUCGCGAGCUCGACUGGGACCUUAUCAACCGCGAGCGCGAGGAGAUGAAGACCUGGCCUGUGUGGAAGCGCUUCCUCGCACGCGUCUUCUAA